GCGCUGGCGGCGGCCGCCGCGGCGGUGGCGGCGGGGGAAGGAGACGGGAGUCAGCCGCCGGCCGCGCCGCCGCCGACCCCUCACAAGAAGAUGAAGAAGCGCAAGGAGCUGAACGCCCUCAUCGGCCUGGCCGCCGACGGCCGCAGGAAGAAGCCCGCCAAGAAGGGCUCGGGCCACCGGCUGCUGCGAACCGAACCGCCCGCCUCCGACUCCGAGUCCAGCUCCGAGGAGGACGAGUUCGCGGCGGCGGGGACUCGAGGCCGCUGCGGCAAGGGAGAUUACCUGCGAUGCUGCAAAUUUUGUUACCCAUUAUGUGCGUUUGUCAUUCUGGCUGCUUGUGUGGUAGCCUGUGUUGGCUUAGUCUGGAUGCAGGUGGCUCUCAAGGAAGAUCUUGAUGCAAUAAAGGAGAAGUUUCGAACUAUGGAAUCUAAUCAAAAGACAUCAUUCCAAGAAAUUCCUAAACUGAAUGAAGAGUUGGUGCAGAAGCAAAAGCAACUAGAACAAAUCGAAACUGGAGACCUGGGGCUAAAUAAAGUUUGGAUAAAUAUCACAGAGAUUAAUAAACAGAUAUCACAGUUGACCUCAACAGUAAAUCAUCUCAAAACCAACAUAAAGACUUCUGCUGAUCUGAUUGGUCUUCCUGUCACAGUAGAGAAACUUCAGAAGACAGUAGCAAACAUAGGUAGCACUCUUACAAGUGUUUCUCAUGAUGUGGAAAACAUACAGACAGCUAUUGAAGAGUACAAGAAGUCUAUAGAAAUACUUCAGAAUGAUGUGAAAGAAUUAAAAGAGAUACCUUCACUUCCCUCCACUGUUGUGCCAAAGACUGAGAGAAAUCAGACAGCUAAUUGCAAACAGGAAAGCCAGGCCCUGCGUGCAGCUUUGGAAAAGCUAAAUAAUACUGUGGUGUUGUACCAGAAGUUGAAUGACAUCAAUCUUCUAAAUGUGGAUUCAGCCAUUGGUAACCUUAGCCGGAGGGUUGUGCUGUUAGAAAACUCUCCCCAUGCUGUGAAUAACCUGGACAAAAGAGAAAACUGGUCUACCAGUGUGGGGAAUGAUGCAACUACCUCUCUAAAAGUGGAAAAGGAACUAGAUAAUGAAAGUCAUUCAAAAAAAGAACUGAAGGAAGAAACAGGAACCAGAGAUUCUCAGGUAUCAAAACUAAGAGAGAAGCUUCAGCUGAUGAGUGCUCUCUCAAGCAAGCCAGAAAAUGACAGAGUCGUUGAGACAUCAAAGAAUGAUGAAAGCAGUCAGAGUUCUACAGCAAAGCCCACAGACCUUUCAAGGCUGGCUUCAAGGUCAGCUGAUGACAACACAGAGAGCAGUGGACAGCUGAGACAUCUGUCCUUACCAGGAAUUUCCAGCAUCGAGGACCUUCAGAAUUUGUUUGAAAAAGCAGCUGAAGAUGCUGAUGGAAAACUCUCACAUGAAGAUCUUCAAAGGCUGCUUGGCUCUGCAGCCCAGGAGUCACAGAGCUUUAGGAAAUUUGACACAGAUGGUGAUGAGAAAUACUCAUUACAAGAACUGAGGUUAGCUUUAGGUGUAUAGGAUAUAUAUUUAGAAAUGUGAUAUUGAUGGAUGCUAGUGUAGCUAAAGGAAAUUACGGGACAUGAGAAACUACAUCUGCACUUUCCCAGUGUUUUACUGAUCUUUGGAGCUAAAUUACUCCACACAUUACCACCUCUUUUCUCAUUUGCAUUUAUUGAAAAGAAACUUUCAAAUUUAUAUGUCAAUAGGACAUAAUACUGGGAUUGUAUUAAAAUCCAGAAAAUUCCCAAACUUGGAGACAUUUUUCCUCUCAUUCUUUCCUUUCCAAAGGAGUUCUUGUUUUUAAUUUAAAAUGUGUACAUACUAAAAUAAAACUAUGGUUUUGUAUUUCACUGAAAUUUGCCUUAAAUUAGAGAGCUGCACUUUAUGUAGAGCAGAGGAAAUCUGUCUUGUAAAGAUUGGCUUCUUCUGCUUGUAAAUAUUUGAGACAGUAAAUUAUGCAUAUUUAAGGGGAAGUUUGUGUCAGGGGCUGUGUUGGUAGUAAGCUGUUGAUAAUGAGACUGAGCCUAAAAGGAAUGGUUAAGAGCUUCACCUAGAUUUCCAAUUUUGACUAAGUAUAUCCAUGAAUGAGUUUGGAUUCAGUCAGUGGAAAGUAGGAGUGGUAAAUCAUGCCCAUCUAUAGCAGGAUUUAUUUCUAAAGGGAAGAGUUGAAAAUGUUUUCAUAUCAUGAGCCUACAGGAGCAAUUACCUAUCAAAUGCUUGGGUUUUCACUUCAGCAUUCUUUUAGCUUUGCUAUAUGGCUUCCAGAUUACAUUUUGUGAGAGCCUACCUGUUGGUUUGGUUUUUUGUUUGGGUUUUUUUGUGGGGGUUUUUUUUUGGUCAUUUUUUUAAAAGUAUUUAAUAAUUUCAACAAAUGCUUAAGAUGUAAAAAGUCUACAAUGCAGCCUGCUGAGUAGCACCUGAGUAAUUCAUGCCUUGAGUAUGAUCAGUGGUGUGCUGAUGGUCUUGCUGCCUGGUCACCAGAGAUCUUUUCAACAGGGUUGCUGAUGCUGCAGGUUUCUUUUGUCCACUGUUGUUGAGGUACCAAGUUUCUGGUCACGAGGAGUGUGAGUAGGUGGGGAGAUCAUCCCAGAACAGGCCUGAGAGCUGCUUCCUGACUAAUGUGAAUGUGAUCUUGGUACCUGUACCUUUUGUGUUCUUGCCAGCAGAAGGAUGUAACAAGCAGGAUAGGAAUGUGCCUGUGUGUUCUCUGCUGAUACAUCUUUUUAAAGUGAGGUUUCCUUACUCCAGAGGAACUUACAGAGGGCUUGUUUUAUACUGGUGGCUCUAAACACAGAAUGUGUUUAUAACCUGAAACACAAAACUGACUUUUUCACAGGGGAUUCUCUUGCAGACUAGGUCAGGACCAAGUCAGAUGAUACUUCUCACAAAUAUCACUGAUCUCAUUGGGAGUUUUUUGUGUGAGUAGUGAAUUGAAGUUGCCCACCUCACUAAAUCAUCAGUUACUGUGGAAAUUAGUUCGUAAUUGUUGACUUUUUUAAUAUAACUUUAGAGUGGAUGUUUUAUGAACAAUUGUACUCUGGAAGUAUGACUCGGUGAAGGAAUGUACAAAAUGGAACCCUGUGACCCAUUGCCUAAGCUUCUUAUGCUGUUGCUCUCCUGUCCUGUUUGGGUAAUGCAGACAUGACCCAAUACAGAAAUGCUUUUGGUGUGAUGUUUGAAAACACAGUAUUUAAAAACAAAACAAAACCAACCAACCAACCAACCUUGGCUUUUGGGAGGACAAGAAGCCAACACUUGCUUCUUGUUACUUCCCACACAACCCUUUUAUACACUACUGUACAAUUCCUUAACCAAAUAAUAAUAAUAAUAAUAAAAAAAAGCAAUAAAAAUGUAACCAUCCUGAUAUUCUGUUUGUACAUACUGUAUCAUAGCCCUAUGCCAGAGUUUGCAAAAUAUUUUUGGAAGUUUGAUUUGUAUGGAGUUUAACUUAAAAUCUAAGAGAUUGUCUCACCACCUUGAA